AUGGAUUUGGCGCGUUUUCUCGUCACUGCAGACAUACGUUUUGUUCGUGCCGAAUUCUUGUGGAGUUUGUGUGAAACACGAAGAGUCAUCCCACGACGGCAAGAAGCAGAACAGAAAUACUUCGAGACUGAGGGCAUGGGCAUACGGACAGCUCUCGUUCAGCAUGAAGAGGUCGAAGCAUGGGCAGCCGGUCGCAGCGAAGCUCUGAUCUGUUCCGUUUCUCACUGCUGGGAGUCUCGCGAGCAUUCAGAUCCUUGUGGUCACCAGCUGCAGAUCAUCUCGGAUUGCACCAGGCUGUAUGCCGAAGCCUAUGAUGCUCCAGUUUGGCUCUUCCUGGAUCAGGUGUCCUUGUUUCAGUUCAAGCGGACUGAGGAUCAAGACAAGAGUUUCAGACUUGGCAUGGGCCAUAUGCACCUGCUCUACUGCCAUGAGCACACCAUGACUUUGCGUGUGCACAGCAUCAGCUCGAACCAAGAGUGGGAGCAACGUGAGGCAGAAGGACACGUUGUGGAUAUCUACGAUGCAGACAGUGGCGUGGUCCGAGCGGUUCCUCUGAACAAACUCACCCGAAAUCAAAAUGAGUACCUGGCACGCGGGUGGUGCCAGGCAGAGUACGAAUGGUCCAGUACUCGAGCCCACAGCGCUGGCAAUCAGAGAGUUGAUGUCAGUCAAGAUGAGAAAGCAGACUUGAAAGGCAAAGUGCCGAUGGUGCCAGUUGAGUUCAGGAAGCGGCUUGAUGAGCUCAAAUUCACCCACAGAUCUGACUCUGAUGCUGUGUGUCAGCUCCAGGAGAAGGUGUUUUUUGAGAAGGUGACUACAUGCAAAGACCUCAAAUUGGAGUUUUUGGAUCAGGAUGCCUGUCAUGCGUUGGCGGAGUGUCUGCCAUACUACGAAAGUCUGGAAACAUUUGCAUUGCUGAACUUUGAGUGCAGCGACGCUGUGGUAGAGAAGCUGCUGAGUGCUUUGAAGCCAAGGUUGACAGGCAAUGCCCUGAAGGCCUUGCAGUUUACUUCUUCAGAUUUCUUCAUAGAAAGAGAGCGACAAAGAGACAUGAUUUUGCUUGCAGUCGCAGAAGUGUUGCCCCAGAAUUCCAGCCUCACAUCUUUCAAGGUUUCUGGAAAUUUGUGGGAGAGCGGGCAGGCUCUUGCAGAGGCCAUGAAAAAGAACACCACACUGCUGGAUGUGGCGGUGCAUCCUUACGUGGACAAUGCUGUGAGAGACAGCCUGAAAAGACGGGAUCCCCCACCUUGCUGGCUUGAUGCUGUCCUUGCGAUUCAGGACAUCGCUGAGGGCAACAAGCGCAACGCGGCGAGCCAAAACAUGGCACCAGAACCAACCGCAACGACGCGGCCCACUCGUCCACCGGUGAAGUGGGACCUGCUGGUGCAGCUCCUGAAGCAGAACUCCGCAGUGGCGGCGCUGCAGCUGGGAGGGAAAUUUUUGGGACCCGUCGGGGCGCAAACCUUGGCUCAAGCCAUCCGCAGGAACAAAACGGUGACAAUGAUCGACCUGGGUAUGAAUCGCAUCGGUGAUGCUGGAGCACGCGCUGUUGCAGAAGCUCUGAAGGAGAACGAGACAGUGACGCAAAUCAACCUGCGUGAGAAUGGGAUCGGAAAUGCUGGAGCACAGGCUCUUGCAGAAGCCCUCAAAGAGAACAGGACAGUGACGCAGAUCAACUUGCGUGAGAAUCAGAUUGGUGAUGCUGGAAUACAGGCUCUUACAGAAGCCCGCAAGGAGAACAAAGCAGUGGCACAAAUCAGGUUAGUACCCCAGCGCGGAUAG